AUACAAAAACAAUAGGUAAUUUAGGGUAAAGAAGAAGUGUAGACUGAUUCCAUAAUAUUAUUUCUAAAAAUGAGUCAAGAGUUAAGUUGGAUUUGAGAUUGUGCAGUACUUUAAAUGGUCGCAUGCUUUGCAGUGGCCCAUUGCUAUAGUAGCUUCUGCAGUUCUCCACUUUCUUAACCACCCUGUGGUGAUGUAGACUGCGUUGUGGGGUUGAAAGGUUUUGAUUUAUUUAUAUACUUUGGGGUAGCACAAUAUUUUUUUGAUGUCAUACAUUUUUUUUGCAAAGCAUAUCUGAUUUGCAGUACGCACAGUAUGCCCGUGAAUCAUCCCCAAUUACCGGCUUUAGACACCCUUUAAAUUCAGGUACAGACUUCCACUCCUUUCUGUACAAUUUUGAUUGAGACAUGUUGAUUGAUGUUGUAAGUUAUGUCCAGGAUCAAAACAUUUGUGACCAUCUAUAUUCAUUGGGUUUUGUCUCGUGGAACCCGUACUACCACUACUACUGCUGCAGUCAGCCGACGAUGAAUUCACAAUUGACCGAAAUUGCUGCUGAGCGCCUGCUGCCGACGUCACUCACAACGCAUUUUUUGCAGCCAGACACUUGUGUUGUGACUGAGAACAUCGUUUUUUUUGUUGGUGUCAUUUAGAGGAAAAAUGCAUUUUAACGUUUGAGUCACUUCAUCAAAAGUUGCUAAAAGUUUUUAUUUUUUAAAGUAUCUAAAUUUGUUGCUUUAGGUGCAGUUUGAUUUUUUGUUGUUGUUGCUAGGGUACUCUGAAAAGUAGCUAAAUCUAGCAACGAAAUGGCUAAAUUGGCAUCACUGAUCUCAAUACUGCCGGUUGAUGAAACGGUUGGAGCCUCUUUACCGCGGUUCAUGUAGCCACAUCCUGCACGAAAAAUCACACACACUAUAGAUCAUUUUCCAUAACAAUUUAACAGAAAACGCGGACAGUUUGUUAACAUACGUUUAUAAAGGAUUUCAGAAAGGAUGUCCAGACGAGGCUGUACCGGUCCGACCGGGCUCCGGAGGAAACGGGACAUGGAGGAGCACCAGAAGGAGAGAAGACGGGCUCUGCAGGCCCGACACCGGGCCAACCUGGCCACCCUGUUCGAGACACUCAACACCGUGGUCUGCCCCACAUCCAACAAGAUGCCUGCUAAGUGGAAGAUCUUGGACCACGCCAAAGGAUUUCUGAAAGAGCAGGAAGCCCACCUGAGCAGACUGAUGCUCCUGAAAGGGAUAUUCCUCGGUAAUGAAGACGGGCCCUGCAGCUUGGAGGAAGUGAGGGCAGAGUACCGGAGGCUGCAGUCACACAGCAGCUCCCUGCGCUCCAGAAGACCUGGUGGCCACAGACGUCAUGGCGGAGUUGACGGAGAGGACCUGACUGAGACCAGUGAGGAAGACUCUGCGGAGGAGACUCUGGAUGACUCCGCCCCCUCUCAGACCUCCAUCAACUCUCUAACCAACAUCCUGGAGUUUGAAGGGUACUUGUUGUUCUACAGACAGACCCUGGAGAAGUUGGUUUGUAGCGGUGUGCUGAGCCCGGGACAGACUGGUCUGGCUGUAGUAUCUGAAGCUAUUUCAGGCCUGUGGGAUAGCUUCUCUCCAGAGCGCCGGGCAGCCUACCAGACCUGUCCCCCCCAGCAGAGCACCCUGGUCUGGGAAGGGCCACCAGAGACACCCCCUAAUCCUGUUCCAGACACCCACCUCCACCUCACGCUCCACCCCUCCACUCAGGCAAACAGCCAGGGAGCCUCUUCUCCUUCUAGCUAUGAAGAGGACCUGCUUCAGGAUGCCUAUGAUGUGGUGAAGAAAGAGAUGGACUCCACUUCAGACCACAGUCCUGUCCUGGCCUCUCCUCAGUGUGGGGACCGGGAGAUCUAUAAGGACAUCAUGUGUUUCGUCAAGACUCAGAUGGUGGAGAAACCAGAACAUAACCAGGACGUGUGUCUGUCUGCUAUGAGGGACCGUGAGGAGAUCUUUCUCCAGUGCUCCGAGUCCUUCGACAGUGAGGACAUGUGAAGCACAGGAGGCUGCUGACGGGAGGACGGCUCGUAGAAAUGUCCGGAAACGAAGCAAAUGGAAAUGACAUCAAACACCCGGAAACCAUGGAAACCACGUGUGAUGUAUUUAAUACCGUUCCACCGAUUCUGCUCCAGUCAUUACCCACAAGCCUGUUCACCAACUUCCUGUCAUGUGAACACCUAUUAGUUGUACAAGUGUUUGUUCCUGGUGACACGAAAGACACAUUGUGUUGCUUUGUUAUGGACUUGAUAAAUGAUCACGUUUUGGGAUUUUUUGUUUUUUAUAAAUGUUCAGCUUUUCCACACGUUUAUUGUUACAUUCAUGUUUUUCUGUGAUGUUUUAUAAUCUGGUUCUGAGGCAAAUCAUUCUUCAGUUUAUAUUUGAUGAUCAUUGUUCAGCCUUUUUAACCCAAGAAGAAUCAGCAUUUUGUCCAUCCUGUCUUUCUCUGUGUAUUAAACCUCCGCCUCAGAGAGGGAUGGUGGUCUCACAGUGUCCAGCCAGUCUUUCUCUGUGUAUUAAACCUCAGCCUCAGAGAGGGAUGGUGGUCUCACAGUGUCCAGCCAGUCUUUCUCUGUGUAUUAAACCUCCGCCUCAGAGAGGGAUGGUGGUCUCACAGUGUCCAGACAGUCUUUCUCUGUGUAUUAAACCUCCGCCUCAGAGAGGGAUGGUGGUCUCACAGUGUCCAGCCAGUCUUUCUCUGUGUAUUAAACCUCAGCCUCAGAGAGGGAUGGUGGUCUCACAGUGUCCAGCCAGUCUUUCUCUGUGUAUUAAACCUCCGCCUCAGAGAGGGAUGGUGGUCUCACAGUGUCCAGACAGUCUUUCUCUGUGUAUUAAACCUCCGCCUCAGAGAGGGAUGGUGGUCUCACAGUGUCCAGCCAGUCUUUCUCUGUGUAUUAAACCUCAGCCUCAGAGAGGGAUGGUGGUCUCACAGUGUCCAGCCAGUCUUU